AGGUGUUGACCUGGAGUCAACUCUAAUAAUAAUGGAUCUUUAGCAGAGUUCUUCUGACGAAACACUAAAAAAAAAAAACACAUCACAAACUUCUCUAUACAGAUCAUUUGGAGGAACAUCGAUUUCCAGGGAAGGAGACUUAUGGCUGAGACACUUUUGUCAUUUGGAGUCGAAAAGCUUUGGGACCUCCUUGUCCGAGAAUCUGAUCGAUUUCAAGGAGUUAAAAAGCAAUUUAAUGAAUUGAGAAGUGAUUUAAAUAAGUUAAGGUGCUUUUUAGAAGAUGCAGAUGCCAAGAAACAUCAAAGUGCAAUGGUGAGUAACACUGUGAAAGAGGUCAAGGAAAUUGUUUAUGACACAGAAGAUAUCAUUGAAACCUUUCUUCGAAAAAAACAACUCGGAAGAACAAGAGGCAUGAAGAAACGUAUCAAAGAAUUUGCUUGCGUUCUUCCUGAUCGCCGGAAAAUUGCUAUCGAUAUGGAAGGCCUAAGUAAGAGGAUUGCUAAGGUGAUCUGCGAUAUGCAGAGUCUUGGCGUACAACAGGUCAUUGUCAAUGACGAGUAUAUGCAGUCUUUACAAGAAAGACAAAAGGAAUAUGCGGCAAACAUUUUCUAAUAACAAUGAAAGUGUUCUUGUGGGGUUGGAGGAAAAUGUUAAGAAAUUGGUUGGCCAUUUGGUGGAGGUUGAAGAUAGCAGUCAAGUAGUUUCUAUAACCGGGAUGGGCGGUAUUGGUAAAACCACCCUUGCAAGACAAGUUUUCAAUCAUGAGACAGUAAAAAGUCAUUUUGCUCAACUCGCGUGGGUAUGUGUUUCACAACAGUUUACAAGGAAGUAUGUGUGGCAAACAAUCUUGCGGAAAGUUGGGCCAGAAUAUAUAAAGUUAGAGAUGACGGAAGACGAACUUCAAGAAAAACUCUUUCGCCUAUUGGGUACACGAAAGGCUUUGAUUGUCCUUGAUGAUAUAUGGAGAGAAGAAGAUUGGGACAUGAUAGAACCAAUCUUUCCACUGGGAAAAGGCUGGAAAGUAUUACUUACUUCUCGUAAUGAAGGUGUCGCAUUACGAGCAAAUCCAAAUGGUUUCAUCUUUAAACCAGAUUGCCUAACUCCUGAAGAGAGUUGGACAAUUUUCCGAAGGAUAGUUUUUCCGGGAGAAAACACUACAGAAUAUAAAGUUGAUGAAAAAAUGGAAGAGCUUGGUAAGCAAAUGAUCAAACAUUGUGGAGGGUUACCGUUGGCUCUUAAGGUGUUAGGCGGGUUGUUAGUUGUGCACUUCACAUUGGAUGAGUGGAAAAGGAUCUAUGGGAAUAUUAAAUCUCACAUCGUUGGAGGAACUAGCUUCAAUGACAAAAAUAUGAGUUCAGUUUAUCAUAUUUUGCAUCUGAGCUUUGAAGAGCUGCCUAUAUAUUUGAAGCACUGCUUCCUCUACCUUGCCCAAUUUCCUGAAGAUUUUACAAUAGAUCUGGAAAAGUUAUCUUACUACUGGGCCGCAGAAGGAAUGCCAAGACCUAGGUAUUACGAUGGAGCGACUAUUCGAAAGGUCGGAGAUGGAUACAUAGAAGAGUUGGUAAAGAGAAACAUGGUUAUUUCUGAGAGAGACGCUAGAACUAGGAGAUUUGAAACAUGUCACUUGCAUGAUAUUGUGAGAGAAGUUUGUCUUCUUAAAGCUGAAGAAGAGAACUUGAUAGAAACUGAAAACUCUAAAUCUCCUAGUAAACCUCGCAGACUUGUCGUAAAAGGGGGUGAUAAAACAGAUAUGGAGGGGAAGCUGAAGAAUCCAAAACUUAGAUCUCUCUUGUUUAUCGAGGAGCUUGGUGGUUAUAGGGGAUUCGAAGUAUGGUUUACGAGGCUACAGUUGAUGAGGGUUUUAGAUCUCCAUGGAGUUGAGUUUGGAGGGGAGUUACCCUCUAGCAUCGGACUGCUAAUCCACUUGAGAUAUUUGAGUUUAUAUCGGGCAAAAGCAUCUCAUCUACCUUCGUCUAUGCAGAAUUUGAAGAUGCUGCUCUAUUUAAACCUAUGUGUACAAGAGAGUUGUUACAUUUACAUUCCCAAUUUCUUGAAAGAGAUGCUAGAGCUGAAAUACCUCUCUCUCCCACUAAGAAUGGAUGAUAAGGUAAAACUAGAAUUGGGUAACCUAGUCAACCUGGAGAAGUUGGAAAAUUUCUCAACAGAGCAUGGGGGAGUGGGGGGAUCUUCAGUUUAUGACCCGGCUUAGAGCCCUCUCUAUCUAUAUCAGAGGCAGGUUGAAUAUGAAAACUCUAUCUUCAUCUCUAAGUAAACUGAGAGACUUGGAAAAUCUUACUAUCUGUUAUUACCCGAUGUAUGCUCCCAUGAGUGGUAUAGAAGGAUUAGUUUUGGACUGCGAUCAGCUCAAGCAUCUGAAUUUGAGAAUAUAUAUGCCAAGGUUACCUGAUGAACAACAUUUUCCUUGGCAUCUUCGAAACAUAUCUCUAGCUGAGUGUUGUUUGAAGGAGGAUCCAAUGCCGAUUUUAGAGAAGCUGCUUCAAUUAAACGAGGUCAGUUUAUCUCAUCAAUCUUUCUGUGGGAAGAGAAUGGUUUGCUCGGAUGGUGGGUUUCCUCAAUUGCAAAAGCUCGAUUUGUGUGGACUAGAGGAGUGGGAAGAGUGGAUAGUCGAAGAAGGCUCCAUGCCACGGCUUCAUAAGCUGACUAUCCGCAACGAUCCUAAAUUAAAGGAGCUUCCUGAUGGGUUGAAAUUUAUCACUUCCUUGAAAGAAGUGCAUGUCAUCUUAAAUAAUUGGGACUUUAAGAAGAAACUGUCCAGGGGAGGAGAAGAUUACUACAAAGUCCAACACAUUCCUCUUGUUCGAUUUCUUUAAGCCUAUCCAAUUGUAGUCACUCAGGUAAUAUAUUCUUUCCUCAUGUCAUUCUAGAGCUAGUAUAAUUCUCUUUGUGUUGUCAGUUAUUUAUGUGUUACCAAGCGACUCGGCUUGACUGCUACAAUCUUUUAUCUUUGUAUGUAACUUUGUAACUUUAUAUUUAUACUAGCUGCUUUGAACUUUUGAUUUA